UCAACUCCCGUCUUGCACCGCGGAGCUGUGUGAAAAAUGGCUGAGGUAGAUUUCGGGGACAGUGAGCUCUUUCAGCAGCUUGAUGACUCUGCACCACCGCUCCCGACGCACAUUCGCUUUACGGAAGAUGGAGAAGAGCAGGGAGAGACGAGUCAGCUGCGGAACAGACUGGAGGAGUGCGACGACUACAUUCAGAGACUCUCUGAGGAGAAUCAAGUAUUACGAAGGAAGCUAAACAUCCUGACACGACCAAGCGGCAUCACAGUUGAAGAUGUCAACAUCGACGGGCCCGUUCUUCAGAUACUUUACGCCAACAAUCUUAUCUCAAAGCAGUGUCGCCAAGAAAUUGAAGAUUGCAUCUGCAGUGUGAUUUUGAAGCACCACAAACCAGGCAAUGAAAAAAGAAAAUCGUCCUUUCAUAUAAAACCUCAGAGUUCGGCUUUUGCUAUGGAUGAAGAUCCGCAGAAGUUGCCUUCUAGUAGUGUGAGAACAACAACAGAAGCCUUUAAAGUGGUUGGAAGUGUCUUGUAUUUCACUACUUUCAGUGUUGAUAAACUUGGACAACCUCUGGUGAAUGAAAGCCCUCAGAUGACAGAUGGAUGGGAUGUUCCAACCUAUCACCAGGUUUUUAACCAAGUGAUUGGAACUGAUGGACAGGAAAUUGAAAUGAAGGACAAAAGACCCAAGUCGAUGUGUUUCAACUGUGGUUCAGGUGCUCAUCAGAUGAGAGACUGUCCCAAGCCUAAAGAUAUGGCUGCAAUUAAUGAGAGAAGAAAGGAGUUUAAUCAGAACAGCAACCAGGCCAUGCAGAGUAACCAGCGAUACCAUGCUGAUGAAGUGGAGGAGCGGUUUGCUAAAUACAAGCCUGGAGUCAUGAGUGAGGAGCUGCUGACAGCACUGGGAAUUGAUGGGAACACCCUGCCUCCUCUCAUUUAUCGCAUGAGGCAGCUAGGCUACCCACCAGGUUGGCUCAAAGAGGCAGAAAUGGAAAACUCUGGCUUAUCGCUGUAUGAUGGAAAUGUGUCAAAUGAUGGCAGUGUUACAGACAACAGUACUACUUAUGAUGUUUCCAAACUGGUGGAUUUCCCAGGCUUUAAUGUACCUACACCACACAAAAUGAAAGAUGAAUUCAUGCAGUAUGGUUCGAUUCCGAUGCAGAGCAGCCACAUGAAGCAGAACUAUGCAGCCUACCUGUCCAACAACUUUCCAGCGCCUGGUGCCACCAGCAACAAGAGACGACAUGACACCGACUCAUCUCCACAGCACAGGAAGAAGACUAGGUCAAGUCCUGAUCGCAACUCAGACAGGAGCUCAGAUAUGGAUAUUGAGUCGGAUCCAGGAACACCUUAUUAUAAUCCUAGUGCUGAUGACUUCAAGUUCCAGCCACCGCUUCCCCCUGGUUCACCUGGCUUCAGUUCACCACCUCCUUUACCCCAGGGCACUCCUCCUGCUACACCCACUCCCCCACCUCUCCCUAAAGGUACUCCUCCACCCACACCCACUAAUGGCUCUCCAACUCUGCGGGGACGUAACUGGAUAGUAGUUGAUGAGACUGCGGAGGGAGCAGAGGAUGACCUGACACUGGAGGAACUGGAAGAGCAGCAGAGGCUAAUCUGGGCAGCUCUAGAAAAUGCAGACACCGCCACAAAUAGUGACUGUGACACACCUGCACUGGGAACACCUGCACACGGCGACACAGAAUCGGAGGAAGUUGAAGAAGCAAUGGACACAACGAAACCUGUAGAGUCUUGCCAGAGCACUGAAAAUCAAAGGGAACCGAGUGUUCAAGAGACUUUCUCUGAGAGUCCUGGACCAAUCAAAGUUGAAGACGACAGCCCUCAGAGUCCUGAAGCAGUCCAAGCCCAAGAUGAUAGCCCACAGAGUCCCCCUGCAGUCAAAUCCCAUGAUGAAAGCCCACAGAGUCCCCCUGCAGUCAAAUCCCAUGAUGAAAGCCUACAGAGUCCCCCUGCAGUCAAAUCCCAUGAUGAAAGCCCACAGAGCCCUGAUCCAGUCAGAUGCCCAGAAGACAACCCACAGAGCCCUAAUGCAGAUUCCUCUAAUCAAGCGGCUGGAGGUUGUGCCUCUCCUCAGAGUGUGGAAAAGAUAACAGCUGUUCCUCAUCGGAGCAAGUUUGCAGCGGGCAUUGUUCCAUUUGAGGAUACACCAGAAUUCACUGAAGUUGCUGAAGCAACAGGAACUUACCUUAGGAUCAGAGACUUACUGAAAGGCUCCCCUCGAAGUUUGGCGAAGAAAAAAUAGAACUGUAGCAUUUUGAUUACAGCACAAGAAUACAAUAUGUGGAUAUUUUUUUAAAGCAAAACCUUCUGUUUUCAUCUACAUCAAGCAUGAUCUUUUAGCUGUUAUUUUGUACCAAGGUGAAUGUCUAUGCUUUGUACACAUUUGACCUGCAACAUGGUGAGGGAUAUGCUAACAGCACGCACUCUGACCAGUUAGACCCAGAUUUUUGCAGCAGUAGUGUUACAUGGGCUGUUUAUUUUAUUGUAAAAUUUGUAAAGUGGUGGUUUCUUGUAUUAUUUUUCAUAUCUUGCUGUCCAAAUGGCUUUUUCUAUUUUUGUCCCAUUUAGUUUGCUCUAAAAGGACGAAGUAAACAUGCUUGUAUUUGCCUUGUGUUUUAUUUUGUCUGGUAGCCAUAACUAAAUGAGGAUUUUAUUUUUCA